UGAUCGUACGGACGAACAAGUCGGAGAAGAGAAGGGAGUCGUGGCCGUUGGAUCUGGUUUUGUGGGCAUCCACGAACUCUUCUUCCCCCUAAUCAAUAAAAUUUCAUUCCUUAAAAAAAAAAAAAACGAUUUCUCAGUUCUGAUUUUCGAUCUCACGUCGAAAGUUUCGUCCUUUGGUUCGUUCUGAUCGCGAGAUCCAAAAAAAUCAUGAGGAAGAAGCUCGACACCCGUUUCCCUGCUGCGCGUAUAAAAAAAAUAAUGCAAGCUGACGAGGAUGUUGGCAAGAUUGCUUUGGCUGUGCCUGUCCUUGUUUCAAAAGCUUUGGAAUUGUUCUUACAAGACCUUUGUGAUCGUACUUACGAAAUCACCCUUCAGAGAGGAGCCAAGACUGUGAGCUCUUUGCACCUAAGCAAUAUGUCGAUGGAGAAGCUUGGUUGCUGUGAAAGCUUCCUCAAAAGCUCAAAGCCCUACUUCGCCAUGAUAUCUCUUCAGUUCGGCUAUGCCGGCAUGAACAUAAUUACCAAAAUAUCCCUCAACACCGGUAUGAGCCACUACGUCCUUGUCGUCUAUCGCCAUGCAAUCGCCACGGCCGUUAUUGCCCCCUUCGCUUUCUUCUUCGAAAGGAAAGCUCAGCCGAAAAUAACAUUCACCAUUUUCAUGCAACUUUUCAUUCUCGGCCUUCUUGGGCCCGUGAUUGAUCAAAACUUCUACUAUAUGGGGUUGAAAUAUACGUCGCCCACGUUCUCGUGCGCCAUGAGUAACAUGCUUCCGGCUAUGACCUUUAUCUUGGCCGUUCUAUUCCGGAUGGAGGUGUUGGACGUGAAGAAACUGUGGUGCCAGGCGAAAAUAGCUGGAACGGUGGUGACCGUAGCCGGAGCCAUGUUAAUGACAAUUUAUAAGGGACCCAUCGUUGAGCUAUUUUGGACUAAAUAUAUGCAUCUCCAACAUGCUAACGACACGACACCGUCUAGCAAUUCAAAUGAUAAUAAGGAUUUUCUAAAAGGCUCCAUCCUCCUCAUCUUUGCUACCCUUGCAUGGGCCUCCCUCUUCGUUCUUCAGGCGAAGAUACUAAAGACGUACUCGAAGCAUCAGCUUACUUUAACAACACUAGUUUGCUUCAUCGGAACAUUACAAGCAGUUGCUGUGACGUUUGUCAUGGAACACAACCCAUCAGCUUGGAGAAUUGGCUGGGACAUGAACCUCCUUGCCGCCGCUUACUCUGGGAUUGUUGCAUCAAGUAUCGCAUAUUAUGUGCAAGGGAUAGUGAUGAAGAAAAGAGGACCUGUGUUUGCUACUGCCUUUAGUCCUUUAAUGAUGGUUAUAGUUGCAAUCAUGGGUUCUUUUGUCUUAGCAGAAAAGAUCUUCCUUGGAGGGGUGAUUGGAGCGGUACUUAUUGUAAUUGGACUGUAUGCGGUCUUGUGGGGAAAACAAAAGGAAAAUGAAGUGACUCAUUGUGAGAUGUUAGAACCCACCAAGAAUAUUGAUAAAGUAACCGAGGAUGUGGAAGCUAAUAAUGGAACUGAAAUGAAAUAUUCGGACUCUAUGCUAUCAACGAUUGUAAUCAGUACUCCAGCAACAGAAACAACUUUGAAGAAAACUAGCCAAGAGCCAUGAAAAGAUUGCAUGAAGAGAAUAAUAAAAGACUACUUUUGGUCGGAUAUUUGUGUGUAUUUUUGUCUUUUUCACUUUUAAUUUUGACCUAUAUGAUUAUGAAUUAAAUACGUGUAAUAGCAAGAACUCUAACUUGCACUUCAUCAAUACGAAUGUUCUUAUUGAGUA